AUGAAAUCAAUUAAGAAGGGAAAAGAACAACAAAAGUUGGACUUACGUGUGUCUCAAUUAAUUUUGAGAAUUAUGUCCAAAUUGAGAGAGGAAUUAAUAACCAGUGGAGAAACUCUGAUGCUUCCUGUUGAUCAGUGUCUUAAUAUUUUCAGAAAUCUUGUAGAAUGUACUCUUUACGCUGAGCAGAGUGAGCAAGCUGUUCGAGGAAAUUUAUAUUCAGCGCUGAUCAAUUAUCUUCAAUAUACAAAGAAGAAUGAACUCAACUCUGGAAGUAGCCAAAUACAAGAUUUGCAAAGGAACAAUGAGCAUGUCUUGGAUCGUUAUGAUACUUCUCUGUUACCAAUGGUUUGUAAGGAUGCUCUCGACGCCAAGAACAUCUGGAAAACAGUUUCCUUCUCACUACUCGAAACACUCUUUUUAUAUAGUACUAACAUUGCACAAAGAGGAAAAUGGAUUAACUUUUUCGAACACUAUGGCUACUUGAAACAAAUUUUGGACAGUGUCAUGACAGAAGCAAAACAUUCACUUUCAAAAGUGUUACAUCCUACUUUCCAUGAAAGUGACGCAUCUUCUCUGAACAGAUUAUUCAUCUAUGAGAAUGCCAUGUCUUUUCUUUUAAAGUUUGCAGAUAUUGAUCCAAAGAGUUGUGAAGUCAUGAUUACUUAUGAAUUAAUUCCAAAACUGGCAGCUCAUUUUUCGUUUAUUGAUCUCAGACCAUCCAUAAUUUCUCAUCAAUAUGGAAGAAAAGUUGACCACAAAGAUACCAUGAUUGAUGAAGGAGAUUGGGAGCCUUCUAUCACAGAAAAGUAUAAUCAACUAGUGGUCCCUGCCCUAAAAUUAAUUAUCUCCAUUCAAUCAAACCUUCGAAACAAUAAGAAGGUAGCGGAACAAGUUUUGUCAUUUAUUGACCAGCAUAGAAAAGCAAUCUCCUCCAUAAUCAAACUCGAGAAUGUUCAGAAAAAUUUGGUGUAUGUUGAGUCUGGCUCAUUGGAAUUAGUAAGAUUAGUUUGUCAGAUGUUUUACUUGUUGGCUCUUCAUCCAGACAUUAUCACAAAGAAGCUUUAUUCCAACAAGUUUGAAAGACUGCUUUUGAAUGCCUUAUUGAAACUUUCAACCAUUCAACAAUUAGGAAAGCCUCAAAUUAAUAUUUUGGAUGCUAAUUUAUCACAAACUGAUGGAAUUAACUCCAAUACUGAGCUUCAGUUGGAAUAUGAACUUGAGCAAAAAAAGAUGGCUGUUGACGAAAUUUGUAAGGUCAUCAUUAACUAUUGUCGAGUGGUGACAGAAUAUCCCUCAUUCCUUUCCGACUCUAGCAUGAGUUUAAUUGGUAGAGUUUUGUUUACUCAUUAUUUAUCUACCAAUAGCGCUUCAGCAGCCAUAUCUACCAUGACUGAUGACGAGGAUUUGGUUGUGCAAGGCCGAUCUUCAAGUAAAUCAACAACAGAGUCUCCAGACCAAAGGCCAUCUCUCUAUACUCUGUGUCUGUUGUUGCAGAAUGGUCUGAGCAGAUUGAAUAAUGUAUUGGAAGAACGAUUUACUUGUGAAUCUAAUAUCCAGCAGUUAGACCAGCUUAAAAUUGAACAAUUGAACAAUAUGGUUCGCUCUGCCAAUCUAAUAUUGGGUGAAGAACAUUUCAUGAGCUUCUUUGAAAAGCAAGAUUCUGUUCCAAAUGAAGCCAAGCUCCUAUGCAGAACCAUUCUCACCAAGAAGUUGUUGAAACUUGAUUCAUAUCUCAAUACUCAUAUUAAUUUAUUGGAAAACACACUCACUGUUUUAUUUAGACAUAUUAAUUUCUAUUUACAAUCCAGUAGUGACGAUAUUAGCACCUCUGUCAACAAAUUAGGACAAAUUACCUUAACCUCAGAACAACGAACACAAUUAUUACAAGAAGGUACCACUGGAGUGCUCAACAAACUGCUCGACGAAAUUCUCCAACUCAAAAUGCCAAAGAUUUUAUUGAAGCAACAAAUGUCAUAUGUGGACAACAAUUUCUGCCUGAAUAUGGCCCAACGAGUUAAGAAUUUAAUUUUCCAAGUCACCUCUGAAUAA